AGACAGAGGAGCCGAGCAGCAGCAGCAGCAGCAGCAGCAGCAGCAGCAGCAGCAGCAGCAGCAGCAGCAGCAGCAGCAGCACAAAGGGAGCUCAGUGCAGGUCGAAGCCCCGGUGUUGUCUCCUCCUCCUCCUCCUUCUCCUCCUCCUCUCUCCAGCGUCUCGGAUGCUCCGGUUCGGUCGCACCAUGCGCGCCUCGCUCUCUGCCCUGCUCCCGGUGCUCCUGGCUGGACUCGCGGCCGCGUCUUCGGAUSUAUUCGACAACCAGCUGGGCGACAUCAAUUACUGCAAAAAGCAAUGUSAGCUCACCAUCAAAAACAAGAGUCCUGCUAAGGACUCCAUAAUGAACGCCUGUCACCGCGGCUGUCGCCUCUACUCCAUCUGCCAGUUUGUCAAUGGGAACGCCGGCUUUAACACCAGCAGGGAGGAGUGUCAGGGAGCGUGCCAGGAGGCGUAUAUCAAGCUGCUGGAGCAGGAGGCCUGCAGCACCGGCUGUGCCAGCCAACCCUCUGAACCUGAGAUCAAGAGGAGGAAGCUGAAGGCCAUGACUCUGCGCCCAAAGCCCCCCUCCGUGAUGGAGGCGGUGUCCAGCUGGUGCAAUGACAUCGUCAGCUCUGCUCAGAGCUUCAUCUCCUCGACCUGGACCUUCUACCUGCAGGCCGACGAUGGCAAGGUCGUGGUUUUCCAGAGCCAGCCUGAGAUGGAGUUCUCUUUGCCUGAGCUGCAGGCUCCUCGAUCCAACGUGGCUGACAAACCCUGGCCUCAGGUCCACUCUCACACUCAGAGACCCCACGGUGUGAGAGGACACGGAGAAAAGGGAGCACCUAAAGCGGUACUGAAAGGGAAGCAUCCCGUCCAGCGCACAGAGGACCYCACAGCCGACCACGACUUCCUGGGCUGCAUGUCAAGACGUUCUGGUCUUCCACGGUGGAUUUUAGCUGCUUGUCUCUUCCUGUCCAUCAUGGUCAUGCUGUGGCUCAGCUGUGCCAGCCUGGUCACCGCACCAGAGCAACAUAUCAAAACACAGCUGAGCAUCAAUGGCGAUAAAGAGUUUCUGGAGCACGUGCACAAGGUCAACCCCUACCACCUCAGCCCCAUGAUCGCCGUCACCUUGAAGCAGUCGGAGGAAAGUCAGGAAGCUGGACCGCUGCCCGUCAAAGUCGACCUCAACAAAACGUGUGUUUAGGAAAGAACAAGUGGGAUGGCUGCUGUCUCGUUUUUUAAUCUUUUUUGUGUUUUUUUUUUUGUUCUCUGUAACAAACGCGUUGAAACUCUGUGGUCCAGUCGGUGAGACAAACACAACACGCCAACUCGUUCUGCAGAAUGUUUCCAAACAUGUAUCAAAAAGCAUGGCCUGCUCCCUGUCAUUGAAAAUAAUACCAAUGAUCUCGCUUCUGUCAGUUCCAAUCAGUUCCUCAUGCCUUUCAUUCCCCUGUAUAGUCCAGAUUUCUGCAUCCUGAGAUUGUAAUUAACCGUCCACCCGCUCGUUGCUUUAUUGAUAAAACCUCGUCUCAGACACACGCACACGCACACACAAGACAAGCAGAGAAGAUUACACCUUAAGACAUUUUUCAUGUCUGGUUUAGAGGAAGAAAAAACUCUGAGAUUUAAAUUAGAUUUAAUUUCCCUCCUUCUCACGGAGCUGGGAUUAAUUAAAAAAGACUCGCUUUGUGUCAAGAGAUAAAAACGACGUCGGAGAAAGGAGACAGAGCUGAAAGAAGAUCUGACAAAGCUGCAGGUAACAAACACUGUAACAAACGCACAGUUUAUGAUCUGUUUACAUCAUCGUUGUUACGGGCUGGUUGGAAACGUUGCAAAUGAUCCAGAAAUUGAAAAUCAUCUUCUCGACAGAGUUAGCAGGUGAGUACUUCUCACAGAGGAAACRAAAUACAACAAAAUUAGUGUCGUUUUGUGAUUUAGAUCCUUUGUUGGCGUGGAUCUGCAGCAGAACUCAAACAA